UGGUCUUAUGCUUUAGAGAAGCCAAACACUGGCAGCGUAUUUAAUAUUGCUUGGUCUAUUGAUGGCACUCAACUAGCUGGAGCAUGUGGAAAUGGACAUGUCAUUUUUGCCCAUGUCGUGGAGCAACGCUGGGAGUGGAAGAACUUUGAAAUAACGUUAAUUAAGAGGAGAACCAUGGAGGUGCACAAUGUUAUUAAUGAUGCGGUAGAUUUGUUGGAAUUCCGUGACAGGGUUAUUAAGGCCUCUUUGAACUAUGGGCAUUUGGUUGUUUCAACUUCUCUUCAGUGUUACGUGUUUUCUACAAAGAACUGGAAUACACCACUGAUCUUUGACCUGAAGGAAGGAACAGUUAGUUUGAUUCUACAAGCAGAAAGGCAUUUUCUUCUUGUAGAUGGUGGAGGACUUUAUUUAUAUUCAUAUGAAGGAAGAUUAAUUUCCUCUCCAAAAUUUCCAGGAAUGAGAACAGACGUUUUAAAUGCCCAAACAGUAUCUCUGAGUAAUGAUAUUCUAGCAAUAAAAGACAAAGCUGAUGAAAAGGUUAUCUACGUAUUUGAAGCUUUAUCUGGAAAGCCAUUGGGUGAUGGAAAGCCUCUAACCCAUAAGACAGAAAUUGUGGAGAUUGCUUUGGACCAGAAAGGACUUACAAGUGAAAGAAAAAUAGCUUUUAUUGAUAAGAACAGAGAUCUUUACAUUACUUCAGUUAAACGGUUUGGAAAAGAACAGAAGAUUGUCAAAAUAGGGACAAUGGUUCAAACUUUGGCUUGGAAUGACACGUCUAACAUUCUUUGUGGGAUUCAAGAUACCCGUUUUACAGUCUGGUACUACCCCAACACAGUCUAUGUAGAUAAAGAUCUUUUGUCAAAAACUCUGUGUGAAAAAGAUGCAAGUGAAUUCAGCAAAAACCCCCAGAUUGUACGUUUUGUAGGUAAUCAAGUAACAAUUAGAAGAGCAGAUGGUUCACUUAUUCACCUUAAUAUUUCACCUUAUCCUGCGAUUCUUCAUGAAUAUGUUAGUAGUUCUAAAUGGGAAGAUGCUGUCAGAUUGUGUCGCUUUGUCAAGGAUCAAACUAUGUGGGCAUGUUUAGCUGCUAUGGCGGUUGCCAACAAGGACAUGGCUACAGCAGAAAUCGCCUAUGCAUCAAUUGGUGAGAUUGACAAGGUUCAGUAUAUCAAUUCCAUCAAAGAUCUUCCAUCAAAAGAGUCAAGGAUGGCUCAUAUACUGCUGUUCAGUGGAAACACUCAAGAAGCUGAAACCCUGCUUCUUCAAACAGGCCUUAUUUAUCAAGCUAUUCAAGUCAACAUUAAUCUUUACAAUUGGGAUAGGGCCCUAGAACUAGCAGUAAAGCACAAGACACAUGUUGACACAGUCCUGGCUUAUCGACAAAAGUUCCUAGAGGACUUUGGUAAAAAAGAAACGAACAAAAGGUUUUUGCAGUAUGCAGAAGGUCUGGAAGUUGAUUGGAAUAAAAUCAAAGCCAAAAUAGAGAUGGAAACUGCUAGAGAAAGAGAACGAGCAGCAGCCAGUCCCGCAGUGAGAGCUAGUGUCACUGUACAGCAAUAACUGUCCUUUUGGUCACAUUAAUAAUUGCUUCUCAAAUAUUUUGUACUGGCAUAUUUUGACAAACAUAAAUAAAAAAAAACAACACAGCAAACAUUUUGCCGGGA